UAAGGCUCCGUUAGGGUUAUUUUAUACACCCCCUUCAACAUAAAGAAAUUGACAACUUGCUCCAUUCUUCAAUGAGCCACUUACAGUCUUAUACUCCCUUCCUAGUUCCUACCAUCAAGUUUUGCUGUUUUGGUGUUAAUUAAUGAGCCCAUAAAAUAAGCCUUUACUUCCACAACCCAACUAGGUUCUUUCAAAUGUCGGCGACCAUUUUCAGAUACAUCUCUCGUUCUAAGUCUAAUCAUUCAGCACCCCAACUGGUAUUUUGUAGAGGAAUCACUUCUAAGCUAUUUGUAAAAGGAUUAUCUUUCUCAACCACAGAAGACACAUUAGCUGAAGCUUUUUCACAAUUUGGCCAAGUUGUUGAGGCUAAAAUAAUAGUAAAUAAAACUUCAAACAGAUCAAAAGGUUAUGGAUAUGUGACCUUCAAUGCAGUGGAUGAAGCCAAAAAGGCUUUGUCAAACAUGAAUGGAAAGAUACUGGAGGGACGUGCAAUUUUUGUGGACAAGGUGGAACCCACAAGGCCAGGGCGGAGAGGAACCACAGAGGAUUGACAUUGCUACCAUUAUUUUCUUCCUAAAAUACUACUCGCAAAUGGUUAAAUCAUUUCAAUUUCCUUUUUGAUGUAAUAGGGUUAUCUUGACAUGCAAGAAGCAAUAUAUACAGAAAGGAACAGCCUCAGAAUUGAGCACAUAUGAUGAAUACUGCUAGAAAAGCUGCAAAAUAGAUUAGACAAUGAUAUCAAAUAUAUUAUACCGUAUGUAAAGGUUCAAGGGGGAAAAUAGAGGAUUGCUGAUAAUUUUAGAACAACUUAAACUUAACGUAUCAUUGUUUAACUUAAACAAUUUCUACAACGAUUAAU